AGUGUGCGUCUGAGCCUGCCAGCGCCAGUGUGUGCAUCGGUGCGUCGCCGUGUGUGUGUGAAUGUGUGUGUGACUCCAGCGCUCUCUCUGCGUACGACAGGUGGAGAUGACAUGACUGCGCUCGAGAGGAAAAAAGGAAAGGACCUACGUGGUCAGCAAGUGUUUCUGCGUCCUGAGGAGAGUUCAGCUCCAGCCCUGACUACCAGACAGUCCACCACGUUGUCCGAACAACUCCAGGAUGCCUUGCUGCGGCUGGCGGCGGUUGUCGACGCACGCUCGCUGCGAGCGGCCCUUCGAGACAGCAUACAGGAGCUGCUUCCCUGCACGGAGUGUGUAUGCGUCUACAUGCUGGGAGACUCGAGGCUGCUGUCAGACGACCCGCCGCAUGAACUGCCACAGGACGGAAAGAUCAGGAGCAUUGCAGACCAGCUGAAGCGAUGUCAGUGCACUGGCCUCCCUCCAUCCGAACUGCCAGAGAAAUACAGAAUCUACAUCGCAGCGCCGUUACCAGCCCACAGAAGAGCCGUUGUCGUUCCCAUCUUGGACCAGGACCAACACAAGGUCAUCGCCGUCUUGCUGGUGGGCUGCAGUCCUCUAUCUGAUCAGGAUGAACUGCAUCUGAAUUUGUUGGAAAAACAUGCCUCAGUGGCGUGCAUGCGAGUCCAGGCUGUUCAGGCGUCCUACCAGAGGCCUCCCCUCAGCCCUUCUCCCUUACAGUCCCACAACGCACUGCUGCACCUCAACGUCUCAGAACAGGACUACUGCGAGCUGGACCGCAACAUUUUGCAACUCUGCGGUGAGCUCUAUGACCUUGAUGCAGCCUCUCUCCAGCUCAAAGUCAUCAAUUAUCUGCAGCAACAGACUCACUCACAGUGCUGCUGUUUGCUACUGGUGUCUGAGGACAACCACCAGCUAUUUUGCCAGCUGAUGUUUGGACGUUUUGGACAGGUUGUGGAGAAGAAGAAGUCAAUUACACUUCAGGAUAUUAGUGCUGAGGAGAAGAGGCAACUGUCCAGUAUGCUGGGCUGUGAGAUCUCCUCCAUGCUGUGUGUUCCUGUGGUCAGCAGGGCUACCGGUCAGGUGGUGGCACUUGCAUGCGCCUUCAACAAACAGGGUGGACAGAGACACACAGAGGUCGACGAACAUGCCAUCCAGCACUGCUUCUGCUACACUUCAACAGUCCUCACUUCAACUUUGGCCUUCCAGAAAGAACAGAAGCUGAAAGUGGAGUGCCAGGCGCUCUUACAAGUGGCCAAGAAUCUCUUUACACACUUGGAUGAUGUGUCAGUGCUGUUACAGGAAAUUAUAGUGGAGGCCAGGAACCUCAGUGAUGCAGAGAUCUGUUCAGUGUUCCUACUGGAUCGCCUCAGCCACGAGCUGGUGGCGAAGGUAUUUGAUGGCGGUGUGGUGAGCGACGAGGAGAAGGAGUUUCGUAUCCCAGCUGAUCAGGGAAUCGCAGGACACGUCGCAACCACCGGUCAGAUUUUGAACAUUAAAGAUGCCUAUUCCCACCCUCUCUUCUACCGUGGUGUUGAUGACAGCACAGGAUUCAAGACUCGCAACAUCCUCUGCUUCCCCAUCAAAGAUGAGAACAACGAGGUGAUUGGCGUAGCCGAGCUGGUGAAUAAAAUGAAUGGGCCGUGGUUCAACCGCUUCGAUGAAGAUCUGGCCACGGCUUUCUCCAUCUACUGUGGUAUCAGCAUCGCCCACUCUCUGCUCUACAAGAGAGUCCACGAGGCUCAGUUCAGAUCCCACCUGGCCAAUGAAAUGAUGAUGUACCAUAUGAAGGUUUCAGAGGAAGAGGUGUCUAAGCUGCUGGUGCCCGGGAUCGACCCGGUGCAAGAGAUUCACCCGUGCUACGCCGAGUUCACGUACACGCCACGAUCCCUGCCUGACGACACCACGCCCAUGUGCAUCCUCAGCAUGUUCGAAGACAUGGGUUUCAUCAACACGUACAAGAUCGACCUGCACACUCUCGCCAGGUUCUGUCUGAUGGUGAAGAAAGGCUACAGGGAUCCUCCGUACCACAACUGGAUGCAUGCCUUCUCCGUCUCACACUUCUGCUACCUGCUCUAUAAAAACCUAGGGCUGUCCAACUACCUCGAGGAUAUAGAGAUUUUAGCUCUGUUUGUGUCCUGUAUGUGCCAUGACCUGGACCACCGUGGCACCAACAAUUCUUUCCAAGUCGCCUCGCAAUCUGUGCUGGCUGCUCUCUACAGCUCAGAGGGAUCUGUGAUGGAGAGGCAUCACUUUGCCCAGGCCAUUGCAAUUCUGAACACUCAUGGCUGCAACAUCUUUGAGAAGUUCAACAGGAAGGAUUACACGCGCAUGUUGGAUCUGAUGAGAGACAUAAUUUUGGCUACAGACCUAGCUCACCACCUGCGCAUUUUCAAGGACUUGCAGAAGAUGGCUGAUAAUGGAUACAAUCCAAAAAGCCGGACCCACCGCUCCAUGCUGCUGUGUCUGUUGAUGACUUCGUGUGACCUGUCAGACCAAACCAAGGGCUGGAAAACCACACGCAAGAUUGCUGAGCUGAUUUAUAAAGAGUUCUUCUCUCAAGGAGAUCUGGAAAAAGCCAUGGGAAACAGGCCCAGUGAGAUGAUGGACAGAGAGAAAGCGUACAUCCCAGAACUGCAGAUCAGCUUCAUGGAACAUAUCGCCAUGCCCAUCUACAAGCUGCUGUCUGAGCUGUUACCUGGGGCCACCGAGCUGUACGAGAGAGUGGCGGCAAAUCGUGAGCAGUGGACCAAAGUGUCCCACAAGUUCACCAUCCGUGGGUUGCCUAGCAACAACAGCCUGGACUUCCUGGACCAGGAGUACGAGCUGCUGCAGUCCCAGGGGGCCUUCGGAAGCGAUGACCACUGCCUCAACGGUUGCCUUGACGACACAGAAGGAGGGAGGGGUCAGUGACAACGGCGGGGCUGCUGAUGGUUUCGUGAAGUUUUCUGUCUGUGGUCCAAUAAGAGGCUGAGGAUACCUUUUCAGCGACCUAAGAUGGACGGUUCUCUCUGCUGUCAAUCACUUAGAUGCUUAGCAGGCCAUGCAGAACGGACAGGACAAAGUUUCAAACUAACUGAAUCAGACGAGUGAUCUGAAACGAGUGGAUCCAUCUGAGCCGGUUCACUGAUUAGAUGCUACAUGUGGCUUGUGUCUACAGUCGAGGAAAGCAGAAGAUGGUGACUUUAUCUUUUUCAGCAGCUAUUCUGGAAAAAUAGGUUUCUACCACUUGUCACAAGUUCAUUCAUACAGUGCUGAUCCUGAUUAAGAUUGUAAAAACACACACGCAUUGACACACACAUGUACAUGCACAUACUGUUUAGACACACAAGACGGAGGGAGAAAAAAAAAACAUUCAUUCUUAUGGCAAAGACUACUUCAACAUGUAACAGUGAGAUGCAGUGCUAUACUUUCUGUAAAAUGUUUCAUAAUAGCUUAUAUUGAUUUAAAUGGCUCGGCUUUUUUCAGACAAAAGCAGCUGCCAUAGCCCUCACCUGAUGCUUAUGAAUGCAUGCUGUAUGGACACCUCAUGUAUUAUUCCUUUUAUCUGGGUCAGUGUUGAUUUUCUCCACAGCUAAGACAUUAAUGCAGUCCAUUUUUAUACCAUCAGAACACAUUUUUGUAUUCAGCUCUUCAGAGUAUAUUUAAUUAUUUCAUGACCAUGAAGUUGUACAGGGAGUUUUUGUUCUUUUGUUUAGACAACGUUUUAACCCUCACGCGCAUCGAUUCGCUUUCCCACAUUGUUUUUCAUUUUGGGGGUGAAAAGGACAAUUUGACAAUCACUUAUCAAUGACAGUCACUAAUCCCGGACUCUACUCCACGCAUAAAGCACUAAAAAAAAAAACACACACACACACACACACACACACACACACACCGUCCAUACUAACUGCAUGUCACUACUUCAAGUCAGCAUUUACACCUCAAACAAAAGCCACUCAUGACCUAAAACCCAGUCUAAAACCCACUUUUUUUCCUCGCAUCAUCCUUCACACUUCCUCUCACCUGUGCUGUUUUAUUUUUUUACUGAUUUCCUCAUUAAAUUCACUUAGAUAGAGAGCAACUGAAGCCCUUUAAAAGAUCCAUCUCAUUCGUUCGUGUAAAUGUGCCAGAUUAGAGCGUGUUAUAUGGAGUGUGUCAUAUGGAUCUGCCUUAUUGCGCAUCUUUGCUGCCUUUCUUAGAGCUUUUAAUAUAUGAAAAUUGAAAUAAAGAGUCUGUUUAGUAUGUGUGUUGUAUAUUUGUUAUAGACAUAGUAUGAGUACCGAUGUGUUGACUGAAUGAUCGCCAUGCUGAGAAGAUGUAUAUUUGUGAAAUAACUGUGUGAAGACCUCAGAUGUCAUGUCAUGUCACUUCUUUAUAUUUUAUCUGUACAACUACCUUUGGGUGUUAUAUACGCAGGCAUAAAAGCAUUUUGUUGAGAUCUCAGUGCACCCAAAACAUUCUUUUUUUUUUUCUCCUUUUUUCUUUUUUUUUUUUUUAAAAAAAAGGAACUAGAGAUGUAGCCAUCAUAGAAAUGACUCGUUCUUGAACAGUUCACUAUUGCUGCACUCCAAAGGAAAAGUUUGGAAAAUAGAGUAAAGUUCUCAGAUUGUGCCUCAGAGAAAACCUGACAUUUUGGGGUGUUGUGUUACAAUACGCCAUACUCAGUUGUACCUUAAAAUGUUUGAACCAGGAAAUGCUGCAGAGUUAAGAUAACUGCAGAAUAGUUCUAAGGAGAAAUGUCUCUAAUGGACACCACUGUAUGUAGGCUGCAUGUGGAGACUCAGCGAGCGAAUGAGUGGACGGACGAGUGGGUGUCUGGACGAGAGAGAGAGCAGUGGAGGUAGUUGGUUUAAGAUCAAGAGAGAAAUGCUCGGUGUAACAGGUCUUUACAAAGCUGGUGUUGACAGAAAUAAGGCUGACACGAUCCUCAAGUGAUUGGCUAGAAUUUCUUCUUCUUCUUCUUCUUCUUCUUCUUCUCCUUCUCCCCUUCCUUUUAUGCAGCCCUAAUAAUGUAAAUGUCAGUGAAAGUAGAUGAAAGCAAAAUUAUUGCAAUCAUAGGAUUUAAAUGUGUAACUUGUCUUUGAAAGGCUCUCACGAGGGUGCAUCAGUGAGGAAGGUUAAUUGGUUCGCAAAGCGGUUUGAUGUAUGUGUUAUACCUACACUGGGAUAUGCAUUAGCUUGGCUGGAUGAAAGCGUUUGAUCUGCCUUGGUCUGCUUCACGGACUGAAUAUUUUUACUAUAAAGUUUUUUAAAAAAGGGCAUAGCUGUGUUUGUAGAAGAGCCACUCUUUCUCUUUCUCAAACUCACUCGUGGUUUUCCCAUUUCUAUUAUUUUAAAAACCACUGUUUCAUAUGUACCUGCCUUUUUUCAUGUGCAAUAUGAAGUGUCUGCCUCUGUGACAUUGCAUAGAUUCCUAUGUAAAUACCUAUGCCUCUUGUUAAAUUAUUGCUUUAGGUCUGAGUUGCCAAAGGCUUUUGGGUGUUAGAUCAUGAUGUUUCCGUUGAGAAAAAAAAAAAAAAAGUCAGUGGAGUGUGACAAUUUUAAUCCUAAAAUGCUUUUGAGAGUUCAGACCUAGGACAGUUUUCUAUAAUGACUGUGUAUCUGUCCUUUUAUGUUCGUUUUAGAGAGUCAGGGCUCAAUGUGCCAAGCAAACGUUUUCUACUUCCUGGCCAAGCUGCAAAGUGAAAAACAGACGCAACUUAAAAUAUAUUUUGUUCCCUAAUGUUGGAGUGAGGGCUGUGUUCAUAUUUUCUGAUACAUCAUGACGGCUUGUCCAUGAAGUACGAACCCGAUCCAGUUCCCAUCAUCACAGAACAGCAGGACUACGGCCUGUGAUGUAACGUCACUGUAAUGAUCACCUCUGACAUAAUUGUUAAAAGUGGCAAAAAUAUAAUUGCUGUAAAUAACAGUUUUAAAAAAAAGAAAUGUUUCUUGAUUGUCUGUCAUUAUUACACUGGGAAGUAUUUCGAUUCUUUAAUGUAUUUAAAGUGGUUGCAUCCUGUUCUCUUUCUUUUUAUUUUUCAGGCCAUUUUUGAACAACCCCAAGCUUAGACUUCUACAGAGCAGAUGAAAGAAAAUAUAUGUGUAUUUAGGAUAUGCAUAUGAUAUUCUACCACAAAUACAAACCCAGAUUAAUCUGAAAUGUAUAAAUGAUGCUUAUACUAAGGACUUAAUCCUGUCGUCUGUUAAUUAUUUGUUUCCUCGAGUUCUGAGUGCUGGUGGUCUUGUUCUCCUUUGGAUGUAAUGAACAAGAACAUUUUUGAGAUGAAGGCAAAUUGAUGACAUUUUGAAUCUUUUUUUUUUUUUCUUUCUUUCUUGGAAUAAAUCUGGUGAAAGGCU